GAUAGAGCGGGAGGGAAAGAACAGUAUAAGAUAGUAAAGAAAGUGUGGGAGGGAGUGAAACUCAAAUGGACACAGGCAGGUUACUUUAGCGGGGGUGCCCCGUCGAAAGGGCAACUCACCUCUAUGGAGAAAGAGCUAGAGGAGGCAGUGAAGGAAGGAACAGAAAGUGAAGUGGAGGGAGUUACCCACCAAUUUUUGGUAGAUACAGGAUGUACGUACUCUGCCAUAAGAUCUCGUCAACCACUCUCUUCGGAAUCAAUACAGGUGGUGGGGGUAUCAGGAACACCCGAAGCACAAAACAAGACCAUACCAUUGCUCUUCCAAUGGGGCCCUUCCAAUUUGAAGCAUCAAUUCCUAUAUUGUCCCAACUGUCCAAUCAACCUAUUAGGAAGGGACCUAUUGUGCAAACUGAAAUGUUCAAUCUACCUUACCGAAAAGGGUGUGGAGGUCUCCAUUGAUCCCAUUACCUCCACACCAGUUCAUCCAGUUAGGGUGCUGAUGCUACCCAUCAUCCCAACCCCAGUGCUCUCCCUGACCCAAGAAAUAUACUGGUUGAAGUGCAUCGAAUCCGGCCAAGGAACCCCUGAGGUUAAAUUCAAGUUCAACCAGCUGAGACAACUCAUUUACACAUUUCACCCAUACAAGACUCCUCAAGCUGAAAUCCACUGUACACUUAAUGUGACUGACAAUGAUGUCAACCCAUAUACCGAUGACUGGGAUGAAAACAUGAUGCACCUGACACCAACAAUCAGAUGUUGUACCAUAGUGUGUGGACAAGAAGGAGUGGCUGCUCCGGUUAUCCUACCUUCCCAUUUGAAAUCCUGGUACCUACUGGGCGAAGAAUCUGCUCCCCAUGUUACACUGGCAGUUGGACACGGUUUUGAAGCAAGGAGCCUUGGGCCUAUGAUCAGAAGAGCAUCCAAACUCCAGUGGGAACCCACCCAAACUCCAGGAAUAACCAAAGCCACCACUGAGAACAUGUGGAGGUUUAUGACAGUUGACACAGAGGAACAUUGCCUUCCUGAACGUUUGACUCUCCCAAGACACCAUGGUAAACCUUACACAGACCACCCCUCAUCACAAGCACUGCUUUCCACCAUUGAUGAAGGCAUAUGGACACACACCCCAUUUGAUGUUGGACAACUACAGGUGGCACCAGUCACCAUCACCUUACUCAACCCUGAUCAAAUUCCUAUCUACCGAACACAGUACCGUCUGAAACCUGAACAGACCAUGGGGAUCAAACCAACCAUAGAUGGGUUGUUGGGAGCUCGUGUCAUAUAUCGCACUGUGUCUCCAUGGAACACACCAAUCUUACCAGUCUUGAAAGCAGGAGGCGAAACAUACCGGAUGGUACAAGACUUCCGAGCAGUGAACGACGUCACUGCACCCAUUGACCUACCUGUCCCUGACCCUCACAUUACACUGAGUAAUCUCUCACCAAAACACCAAUACUUCACCGUUGUGGAUCUGGCUAAUGCCUUCUUCAGCAUUCCACUGGAUGAGGCUUCACAGCCUCUCUUUGCCUUCACAUAUGAACAUCAACAGUAUACGUAUUCGGUUCUUCCACAGGGUUACAGGUGUUCUCCCGGAAUCUUCAAUCAUAUCUUGAAGACACACCUGGCCGAAUUGAAAAUCCCUGAAGGAGUGAUACUCAUCCAAUAUGUAGACGACCUUUUGCUGGGGGCUCCCACAUCUGAUCUCUGUCUACAAAUGACAAAAACCCUACUUGACUUCUUGGCUGUCAAAGGCUACAAGGUCAAAAUGAGCAAAGUCCAGUCCUGUCGCAGAACUGUCCUUUUCCUUGGCAGAGAAAUCUCAGGAGAAGGUGCUGGUCUCUCGAAAUCCCACCGAGAUUCCAUACUCCAUCAUCCACGUCCCAUCACAGUGUCAGGCAUGUUGUCCUUCCUGGGGUUGACAGGGUACAGCCGUACCCACAUCCCUGACUACACAUCCAGGACUGAACCACUGAGAGAAAUAGUGAGAGAAGCAGGACCAAGAAACUUACACUCCUCACUUACCUGGACACCUGAAGCAUCAACAGCAUUUGCUCUCCUAAAAAACGAUCUCUCG